AUUCACAAUCAAAGUCUAGUCGUAAUCGAGCGAGCAGCACAAUCGCAUCUCUGUUCGGAAAUCGGAAAUGGAUCGUUGGGCAGGAAAAGUGGCCGUUGUGACCGGAGCAAGUUCCGGUAUUGGUGCCGGUAUUGCAACGGAUUUGGCCAAGGCGGGAAUGGUGGUCGUUGGCCUGGCACGCCGAGUGGAGCGUGUUGAAGCGUUAAAAGCGGAUUUGCCGGAAUCGGCUAGAAGUCGGCUACAUGCGGUCAAGUGCGAUGUGUCCAAGGAGGAGAACAUCCAACAGGUGUUCCAUUGGGUGGAGAAGAAGUUCGGAGGGGUUGACGUGCUGAUCAACAAUGCCGGAAUGCUGCGGCAAACGGACCUGUUGGAGGCCGGGAAUGCUCAAAUAUUGCGUGACACGUUGGAUGUCAAUGUGGUAGGGCUGGUGCUGUGCAGUCAGAUCGCUUAUCAAUCGAUGAAGAAGCGCUCGGUCGAUGGCCAUAUUGUGCAUAUCAAUAGUGUUGUCGGUCACAAAGUGGUCGAUUUUCCGCAAUUUAACGUCUAUCCUGCAACGAAGCACGCAGUCACAGCCAUCACGGAAACGAUGAGAAACGAAAUGAGGAAUGCCGGAUCCAAAAUUAAGGUUACGAGUAUUAGUCCAGGUGUGGUUAGCACCGAAAUCAUACCGGAUGCAAUGCUAGGAGCAGGCCUUCCAAUGUUGGAAGCGGAAGACAUUUCGGAAGCCGUAUUGUACGUUCUUGGGACAGCUCCACGGGUGCAAGUUCACGAAUUGAUCAUUAAACCAGUUGGUGAAAAGUUUUAGUUACUGAAUCGAUGGCUGAGAAUAUGUGUUAUUCAUAUGAAUCAUAGGCAUAACAACCUGUAUUUAAUCAUGAUAAAAUGGUAGGCAAACCAAAUUGUCGGAAUAAAAAUAUGUAUCAGGAAUCAA